GAGUUGAGGCAGAUGCUCACCAACACCACCAUCUCUGAUGAGCAGUUCGAGCGCCUAUUCUUGUCUCCACGCAAUGCUGAUGUCGCUGGCAAUCUCCGCAAGACCUUCGCCAAUCCCACUCCGCUUGCCGUAAUGGGCUUUUCCACAGGUCUGACGCCGCUUGCCGCAGAGCUGAUGGGAUGGAGAGGAAGCGGUGCGUCCGGGCAAGCGACUGUCGGUGCAUCAAUCUGGUUUGGCGGCGUACUCUUGCUCUUCGCCGGUAUUGGAGAGUUCCUUCUGGGCAACACCUUCCCCUUCAUCGUCUUCAUGGGCUACGGGGCACAUUUCUUGACCUUUGCGACAACCUUCAUCCCAUUCUUCAACGCGGUCUCAGCAUACACUGAUGGCACCCCAUACCUUGGACAGGCGGGCGAGAACCAAAUGCUGUCGGCUCAAUUUGCAGCGAGCUAUGGAUUCUACCCAUUGUCGCUCUGUAUCCUAUCCUUCAUCUUCCUUCUCUGCUCCACCCGAACGAAUCUGGUCUUCUUCCUCAUUUUCGUGGCAGCUACAAUGGGCUUCGGCUUCGCCUCCGGCUCUUUCUGGAACGUUGCCAACGGAAACAUGGUCCUUGGACAAGAAUUCUUAGUCGCGACCGGUGCAUGUUUCUGGGCCGCAGCGAUGUUUGGAUGGUAUCUGUUGUUGGCAAUUAUGAUCCCUGUGAUGGAGCUGCCACUUCCAUCACUUCCAAUUGUGGACUUGAGUACAGUUGUAAAGCGAAAGAGGGCCAAGAAUCAGUAA